ACGAAAAUUAAUUAUUUAAAUAUUUCGUUUUAAGCAUUAUUCGUUCUUAAAAUAUAUAAUCAAUGUAUAAUCUAAUACAUAAUUCAGAAAUAAUUUUAAAAGAGAAAAAAAUAUGCAAAAUCAUUAUUGUAAUAAUUAGAGAGAGAAAUUUUAAGGUGCAAGUAAUACAGGUAUAAUAUAGUAUAAAAAGACAUUACACGUUCAUUCGAUUCUCGUUAUACACUUCAAGAGUAUAUAUACAAGACUUCGAAUUUUGUUCAUUCGAAAUUUAUAUCUAAACAAAAAAUGAAAACGAUUUUGAUUAUUUCUGCUAUUUGGAUUUGCGUUGGUGCAUUGACAAUUAAAGAUUUUCAAACGGCGCUACGUCUUGGACAGUCGAUGUGUAGCGCACAAACUGGCGUUAAUCAACAAAUAGUAGAUGACGUUAAUGAUGCCAAUGUCAAUAUGGAAGACGAAAAUGUUCUAUUAUACAUUGAAUGUGCGAUGAAAAAAUUCAAUAUCGUUGACGAAGAUGGAAAUUUGAACGAAAGUGUAAACAGAGAAAUAUCAAAAAUGUUUUCAGACGAAAAUGAAGUUGAACAAAUGAUUACCGAUUGUUCAUCUAUCUCUGAUACCAAUGUACGUAUAAAAAUUAUUAAGAUAUUUCAGUGUAUUAUGAAAUAUAAAACAAUAACAGAAAUGUUAAAUGCUUAAAUGCUCAAUUAUCAAAAAGAAAAGAUUUGUUUACAAUAUUUUUACUUAUUUUUUAUUUUAAUUGAUUAAUUUAAUUUAUUUUAAUUAAUUAAAUUGAAUAAAUCAAUUAAUAAUUAAAUUAAAAAUAUUUGGAGAUUAUUAUUAAUAAAUUGAUGUAUAAUUUAACGUGUUUAAGUUUUUUUUACCUAUAAUUUAUAAAAAUUAUCAAAAUAUAUAAUAUUUUAGAUUGCAAUUUUAGUUACAAUACAAAUUAGUAAUAAAGUGCAAACUAGAUUUAUCAUUUCACGAGAUUUAAAUAGGAUUGAUUUUGUUAUUAUUGUUUAGAUUAUGGAAAUUAUGUUUUUGGCUUUAAAUGUAUUAGAAAAAAUAUUGAUAAAAUCGUUUAUAUUGGUUUUCAUUCAAUAUUAUUAUGAUUAUAAUAAUAUAAUAUUUGUGUUUGAUUUCUGAUUUAUACUUAAAUUUUAAAUAAAUUUUAUAAGAAAAUAAAUUAAUAACAUUUAAUAGCAAAGAUGUAAUUAAUUUUUUUUUAUUAUUAAUUAAACUCUGUUUUAUUUUUCUUUGUUUAUGUAUAAUUAUAUAUAAUAUUUAUAAAAAUUUAUUUAUUUUAAUAAUAUUUUUUAUUUUUUAUUUUUAAUUAAAAAAUAAUUUUUAAUACAAAAGAUAUUAAUAAUGAUGGCAAAAGGUAUUAAUAAAUCAUAAUUAUACCUAAGAAAGAAAAAAUUAAUUAUUCAAACAUUUCUUACCGCUUUAAUUAGUAUUUCCUUUUAUUCUUCGAAUAUUCUUAUAUAAAUAAUACAUAAUCCGAUAUGUUCUUAGGAAAUAUUUAUUUUUGUUGAAAAAAAAAAUGUGCAUAAUCAUUUAUUGUAUAUAUGUAUAAUAAUAGUAAGAAAAAUUUUAAGAUGGAAAGAAUAGAAUGUAUAUAUAUAUCAUUUUACAUAUAUUAUAGUAUAAAAAGAGAUUGCAUAUUCGCUGUUCGUUCAGUUCUCGUUGAAUGUUUCAAGAAUAUUCUUGUUUAUUUGAAAUCAAUAUAUAUAAAAGAAAAAUGAAAACGAUCGUGAUUAUUUCUGCUAUUUGCGUUUGCGUUAGUGCAAUGGUAAUUGUUUAAAUAUUUUUAAUUUUAUCUACAUUUAGCAUAAUUUAUAUUUAGCAUCUCUAUUUAAGUUUUAACUACCACUUCGAUGUUUAAGUCUUUAAAAAUAUUUAUAAUUAUCGCAACAUUAUAUCUUUACGAUAGAUUAUUCUUUUCUUUUUAAUAUAAAUUUGUUACAUUAAAUUUAUUUUUAACAAUAUUAUUUUUCCAUUGAUAUUUGUAAAAUAUCAUUAAAUCUACUAUAUUUCAAUGUUUACAAAAUAAUGAAUAUUUAAUUAGAAAUAAUUACUAUUAUAUCUAAAUUAUCAUUUAGUAAUUUUAAUUAGUUUUAAAAUUAAAAAAAUUACAAAACGAUAAAUAUAUUUUCGAUAAAACAUUCGUUUCAAUGUUAUUUUAUCAUGUUUCCUUUACCAAAGAAUUUUUCUAUUAUAAUCAAUUAACAAAAAAAAACUUUUUCCACUAUGAAAUAAAAAGUUUUAUUUUUUUUUAAAUUAUUAUAUUUAUAUUUGCCACUUAAUAAUUUUUUUAUGAUAAAGUUCUUGUGUUAAAUUUUAGAUCUUUUUAUAUUUUUUCAUAAAUAUAUUAAUUUUACAAUCAAUUUUACGGUCGUAUUGUUUUAUUUUUUAAUUAUUACGAUUAAAAAUCUUUAUAAUAAUUUUUAAUUAUUACGAUUAAAAAUCUUUUUUUUUUUUGAAUUACUGAGAAAUAUUUAUUUCUGAAUAUAAUUAAAUGUAAUGACAAAAACAUUGGAAUAUUAUUUUUAACAUGAAUCGAGCAUUUUAGAUUUACUUUAAUCACAUUAUGAUAUUAUAAAUAUAGAUGCUAUUAAUAUUUAAGAUAACUUUGUUAAUGUUUAAGAUAAAUGGAGAAUCUUUAAAACAAUAUAUAUAUAUAUUAAGAAUUUUAGGAAUAAUUAUAAAUUUAAUAAAAAUUAUUUUAAUAAAUAUUUAUUUUAAUAAAUAAUUAUUUUAAAAAAAUUUUAUUUAACUCAUAUAUAAAGUUUAUAAUAGAUUUUAAUGUCUUUUUUAGACACAUGAGGAAUUAAAAUCUGGAAUACAUACUCUACAGUCAAUUUGCAUGCCAGAAACUGGGGCUACUGAAC